AUGGAGGGAGCCUGGGCCGGGAGACAGUGCCGGACCGGGUCUGCUGGCCUGGACGGGACUGGGCGGAAGUGGAGACAGCUGUGGGUCCGGCGCCUUUCCCUGUGCCCCGCCCCCCUGGGACCGUCCCCCUCCCUCCUGUUCGCCGGCCACACUUUGGCCGCCGGCAAUGAUAUUGCUGACAGGAUGAGGAUGGAUGCUGGGGAAGUCGCUUUAGUGACUCACAAUUCCACAGUCACAGCCCAUCUCCAGCCACAGACAGCUCGACCAGAGGACCAGCUCUCCCUUUCUGACCAUCAGAUUUUACCUUCCACACAAGGCAAUUUGGACCGAUUGUUUACAUGUUCUACAGGAAGUGAAGCUUAUAGUCCGAAUUAUUACUCAGACAAUCCUUCCUCAGACAGUUUUCUUGGCUCAGGUGAUUUAAGAACUUUUGGCCAGAGUGCGAAUGGCCAAUGGAGAAAUUCCACUGCAGCAUCAGGUUCAACUUCACAAAAAUCAAGAAACAGCCGAAGUAUUUUCCUCGAAACCCGAAAGACCUCAAGUGGAUUAUCGAACGCUUUUAUGGGAAAGUCAAACCAUCACUGCCAUGUGUCUGCAUAUGAAAAAUCUUUUCCUAUUAAGCCUGUCCCAAGUCCAUCUUGGAGUGGUUCAUGUCGUCGAAACCUUUUGAGUCCCAAGAAAACUCAGAGACGACAUGUUAGCACAGCAGAAGAGACAGUUCAAGAAGAAGAAAAAGAGAUUUACAGACAGCUGCUACAGAUGGUUACAGGGAAACAGUUUUCAGUAGCCAAACCCACAACACAUUUUCCCUUACACCUGUCUCGAUGUCUUAGUUCCAGUAAGAAUACUUUGAAAGACCCACUGUUUAGAAAUGGAAAUUCUUGUGCAGCUCAUAUCAUUGGCUCUGAUACUUCCUCAUCUGGAUCAGCCAGCAUUUUAAAUACCCAGGAACAACUAUCCCAUGGUUUUUAUCCCCUAUCCUCCUACACCCCAGAAACUGUUGCAUUUGGAUCCAAAGAUUCAGAUCCUCUCCAUCAACUCCACUAUCACCAUUCUCUUCCACAUCAGCCAGAUAACUUACCAGCUUCAAAUACACAAUCUGAAGGAUCAGACUCUGUCAUUUUACUCAAAGUGAAAGAUUCCCAGACUCCAGCGCCAAGUCCUACCUUUUUCCAGGCUGAGCUGUGGAUCAAAGAAUUAACUAGUGUUUACGAUUCUCGAGCACGGGAGAGAUUGCGUCAGAUUGAAGAGCAGAAAGCACUGGCAUUGCAACUUCAAAAUCAGCGAUUGCAGGAACAUUCAGUACAUGAUUCGGUAGAACUGCAUCUUCGUGUACCUCUUGAAAAGGAGAUCCCUGUCACGAUUGUCCAAGAAACAGAAAAGAAGGGUCAUAAAGUAAAUGAUAGUGAAGAUGAAUUUCCUGAAAUUACACAGGAAAUGGAGAAAGAAAUAAAGAAUGUUUUUCGUAAUGGGAAUCAAGAUGAAGUUCUCAGUGAAGCUUUCCGUUUAACCAUUACACGCAAAGAUAUUCAAACUCUAAAUCAUCUAAACUGGCUCAAUGAUGAGAUCAUCAAUUUCUACAUGAACAUGCUAAUGGAACGAAGUAAAGAGAAGGGAUUGCCAAGUGUGCAUGCAUUUAAUACCUUUUUCUUCACUAAGUUAAAAACGGCUGGGUAUCAGGCGGUGAAACGUUGGACGAAGAAAGUGGAUGUAUUUUCAGUUGACAUCCUUUUGGUGCCCAUUCACCUGGGAGUGCACUGGUGUUUAGCUGUUGUGGAUUUUAGAAAGAAAAAUAUUACCUAUUAUGACUCUAUGGGUGGGAUAAACAAUGAAGCCUGCAAGAUUCUCUUACAUUAUCUAAAGCAAGAAAGCUUUGACAAGAAAAGGGAAGCGUUUGACACCAAUGGCUGGCAGCUCUUCAGCAAGAAAAGCCAGGAAAUUCCCCAGCAGAUGAAUGGUAGCGACUGUGGGAUGUUCGCCUGCAAAUAUGCUGACUGCAUUAGCAAAGACAGACCAAUCAACUUCACUCAGCAACACAUGCCAUACUUCCGGAAGCGGAUGGUCUGGGAGAUCCUCCACCGAAAGCUCUUGUGA